AUGGCAGGUAGCGGUGGCCUGGGCGGCGGGGCCGGGGACGGCCAGAACGCGGGGCCCGGGCAGGGGGCCGCACUGCGGGCGCCCCGCGCGCCGCUGCUGCUCGUGGCUCUGGUGCUCGGCGCCUACUGCCUCUGCGCCCUCCCGGGCCGCUGCCCUCCGGCCGCCCGCGGCCCCGCGCCGGCCCCUGCGCCCACCGAGCCGCCCCGCGCCGCCCGCCGCCCCGGAACUCUGGGUCUGCCAGUGGCCAGCGGCCCGGGCCGCCGGCGCUUCCCGCAGGCGCUCAUCGUGGGCGUGAAGAAGGGCGGCACGCGCGCGCUGCUCGAGUUCCUGCGGCUGCACCCCGACGUCCGCGCGCUCGGCUCCGAGCCCCACUUCUUCGACAGAUGCUACGAGCGCGGCCUCGCCUGGUACCGCAGCCUGAUGCCGCGCACCCUGGACGGGCAGAUCACCAUGGAGAAGACCCCCAGUUACUUCGUGACGCGAGAGGCCCCCCACCGCAUCCACGGCAUGUCCCCGGACACGAAGCUGAUCGUGGUGGUGCGGAACCCUGUGACCCGGGCCAUCUCCGACUAUGCCCAGACGCUCUCCAAGACCCCGGGCCUGCCCAGCUUCCGCGCCCUGGCCUUCCGCCAUGGCCUGGGCCCGGUGGACACCGCCUGGAGUGCCGUGCGCAUCGGCCUGUACGCCCAGCACCUGGACAACUGGCUGCGCUACUUCCCCCUGUCCCACUUCCUGUUCGUCAGCGGCGAGCGCCUGGUCAGCGACCCAGCCGGGGAGGUCGGCCGCGUGCAGGACUUCCUGGGCCUCAAGCGGGUCGUCACGGACAAGCACUUCUACUUCAACGCCACCAAGGGCUUCCCCUGCCUCAAGAAGGCCCAGGGCGGCAGCCGGCCACGCUGCCUGGGCAAGUCCAAGGGCCGGCCUCACCCGCGCGUGCCGCAGGCCGUGGUACGGCGCCUGCAGGACUUCUACCGGCCCUUCAACCGCAAGUUCUACCAGAUGACUGGCCGGGACUUCGGCUGGGACUGAGCCAGGGCCAGCCCCGCCUCGGGAGGCUCAGCAACCUUAAUCUGUGUCUGCUGGCCCUGCCGGCGCAGGCUGCCUCCCGUGCGGGUGGGUAUUUAAGAAAUAAAGUUUGGAUCUGGAUUCUUCCA